ACAAAUGUGGAGGCCCAUUAAGCAAUAUUUAUCCUAUAAAUCUGCACAGCGUCGCAAAUUAGGGUUUUGGAAGGAAAACUCAGAAUCGCAGAUCAAGUGCUCCUAUCCGCCGUCGACCAUGGUGAACGUUCCGAAGACAAAGAAGACAUACUGCAAAUCUAAGGAGUGCAAAAAGCACACCUUACACAAAGUCACCCAAUAUAAGAAGGGAAAGGACAGCUUGGCUGCCCAGGGGAAGCGUCGUUAUGAUCGCAAGCAGUCGGGAUAUGGUGGCCAGACCAAACCCGUGUUUCACAAGAAGGCCAAGACCACAAAGAAGAUCGUGCUAAGGCUGCAAUGCCAGGCUUGCAAGCAUGUUUCGCAGCACCCAAUCAAGAGGUGCAAGCAUUUUGAGAUCGGUGGCGACAAGAAGGGCAAAGGAACUUCCCUUUUCUAAAUCUGUGUCGUGUUUUGGAAUUGGAAGCGCUCCUACUACUGUUAUUGUUAUUGUUGGGAUUUAUCUGAACCUUCUGUUUCCUUUGCUGUUUUAGCUCAAUAUUUAGAUGAUUAUCGACUUCAAUUUUAUUUAGUUUUGCUUCAUUUUGUCGUCAGCUGUGAGUUCAAGCAGUCGAUCGGGCUGUUUUCGGUUGCGCUGAACCCGAGCCUGAUAUAGUAGUUGCAAUUUUGAGUAAAUUUAUGGCGACUUGCUAGAGCUGUUAUAUGACCCGACCUACUUGAAAUUUCUUACUUGUUAA